UAGAAACUCAGUAUGUUUUCAACUGUUUUGGCGAUCGGAGCGUGAAGUGUGCCUUUACUCAACUUCUCCCACUUGUUGUUUACGUUACUAUACCAAUGACAUUCGCAAUCAAGUCAAUUAGAACAAUUGUUACUAAUUAAUCUUAAGUGUAUUGCUCCGGGAACAACCAGUUACUCGAAAACAAGGUCGGGCAAAUUGACAUUAUGCCUGUUGGUUUUAAGGAACAUGUAAUUUGAAUUAUUAUGUUGCGGUCUUGUUUGUGUUGCCCUGUCUCUCCACCAUGAGAUUAGUGUUUUUGAAGAUGUGCAAUUUUUGGAGGAACUCCGUGCUCAAUCAUCUUUUGCUUUUGGGAUGUAUUGUCGUUUUAUCUUCAGCGUCGAUACUUGGUGACGAAUGCGAUUGGACUGGAAGUGGACUCUCAACAGUAACUACAGAACGGGGCGUUACACCAGUCUAUCUCAGAUGUCGGACAGGAAGAAUAACGUGGUUGUAUCCCAGGGGAGCUCUUCGGGUGCUCCUACGCCUUCCUGGCCAAGAUAGAGACUUCCGAGCGUGCGUCAAGGUGCGCGAAGAUGGGAAAAAGCCAGCGGCAAGAUUGUUUCUGGAAGGACCCAGGUCUCUGUUGAAAUUAUAUUCGCACAACGAUGGAAGCACGAAAACCAUUCGGUGUUUCAAUAGUAAAAACGGCCAAGCUGCAAUCUUUGUUGAAGCAAUGGAGAAUGAUGGCGUGUCGAAAGUUGUGGCAGAUAUAGAAUAUGACCUUCAACCACUUCCUAGAGGAAUACAUGCAUACGAUCCUAAUGAAGAAUGUCGACCAUGUACAGCAGAAGAAUUAGCGCAUGCAUUCUGUACAAGUGAUUUAGUUACCAGAGGGAUAAUUCACGGCGUAGAACAACACCACACCGAGGAAUUAUCGCAGAUGUCCAUCAAAAUCACGAAACUCAUCAGGAAUACCGUCGAUGAAACCUUCAGUGACGAUAUCGAAACGAACGAGAUACCAGAAGCUGAGUAUGACAAGACGAACAAGAAAAUCACCAUCUCAGUAGCACAACAUUGUGGAGUGUCACAUGGCGUAGGCGAGUUUGUCUUCAUGGCUCGAAGAAAACUUGGCGACUUGAGGUUGCAGUGCGCGCCAAGGUUGGAGGAUUGGGCCAAACUGAUUGGUUCGCUGUCCGAAGAAGGCAAAGCCCAUUGUGUGCUGAGAAGUUAGGUUAGAAUCCCAUGGAAGAAAACCCGUUUACUUCAAUGCCAUAUGAGAGAAGUCCCAAUUGAUUGAAGCCUAUGUUUCGAAUUAAAUAGGCAUAAAAUCCAUAUUCAACUUGGAUCCACUUCUACAAAAAUGGAUCAGGUUUUCUUAGAUUCCUGCACCAUAAAUAAAUUAUCCUGUCCCGUGCAAAAAAACUUUUUCGGACAGGUGAAACCUACGAUUUCUGUGAUUCCUGCUGUACAUAAGUUGUAAUUACGAAAAAAUGAUUUACUUAACUUGUAAUUUUGUAUAUUAGAGUGAAAAAAGGGAAUGAAGUAUGUGCAAUACUGUUUCGGAAAUAUAUAUCACAAGAUAAUAUAUAUAUCCCUUUUCCGUUAAUUAUUCAUGUCUGUCUUCAUAUUGAAGCUGUGUUUGUAAAUUAUAUGAACUGUAAUUAUUGUAAAGAAUCACUUAUAUGCUUAUUCUAACGUUACAGAGAGCAGAUUUUUAUUGUUAUCCAAAAAUAUCACUACAAAAAUUUUUUGUUGAAAUUGAGAAGAAUUCAAGGUGCCAAAUGAAAAAUCCCAAACAUAAAAACACUUUUGUAUUUAAGUGGAUAUUCUUGGAAUAGAUCUCAAUCACACUUGAACACUAAAUCCAGAUCCUUGGAUUAGUGCAUAAUUUAAAAAAAUACACCUUUUAUAUUAUUGUUGUUUCAUUAUUCUUUUCUGUUUUGAAAAGAGUUUGAAUCAUUUUGUGAUUAUUAUUUUUAGGGAUAUUAUAAUGCAAUGAAUAAUUUCUGAGUACUUGAAAGCCAUACAUAUUAUUAUAUAAUUAAAGAUGCUGUGAUAAAUAGAUAUAUUUAAAGUGAGAAUUGUUUGCAAAUUUAUAUUAUAAAACUUUUGAAAUGAUA